CUCCCGACUCUUCCCGGGAGGCCUGCCACUACACCCGCUGCGGAAAAUCUAAAUUAGACUCCACACAUAUGAAAACUAAAGAAACAACUCUACAAAAUCUUGUGUUGUAUUUACAUUGUUGCACCGGAGUUCCAGGCCUUUAUCGAAUCAGUGCUGUGUUUGGACUCACCUAUGAAUUGGUACAGUCCCGUUAGUCGCAGUCUGUGAGUCCUGUUUACCGCUGCAGUGAGCGGACAACCAGAAUGACCAUCAUGCGGAUUAACUGCACUUUACCAUAAAACGGACUGUAAAAUGAACUUUUACCGGCUGGCUUUUUUACUGUGCGCAUCAGUGUGUGUGUGCGAUGGCGUGCAUGUCACAGUGCGGGAGAAGCAGCGGUUUGCGAUGCUCUUCCAGUCCGUGGUCCUCCCGUGCCAGUACCAAACGGCCUCCACUCAGAACCCGGUGGUGCAGUGGUGGUACAAGUCCUACUGCCGAGACCGCACACGAGAGUCCUUCACCCUGCCCGAGAGUCUGGGCGUCCAGGCCUCCGAGCUGGGCGCCGCGUCCCACCUGGAGUGCUCCGACAGCAGCCGCACGGUUCGGGUUGUGGCCUCGGCACAGGGAGCCUCCAUGACGCUGGCUGAGCACUACAAAGGAAGAGACAUCGCCAUCGUCAACAAAGCAGACCUGCGUAUCGGGGAGCUGCAGUGGGGAGACAGUGGAGUGUACUUCUGUAAAGUCGUCAUUGCUGAUGAUCUGGAGGGGAAGAAUGAGGCCCAGCUGGAGUUACUGGUGCUCGGCAGGACAGGUCAGCAGGACGAUAUCCUACCUGAGUUUGAUGUGGAGAUUAUGCCAGAGUGGGUGUUUGUCGGAUCUGUCGUCCUGGGCAGUAUCUUGUUCCUGUUGUUGUUGGGGAUCUGCUGGUGCCAGUGUUGUCCUCACUCCUGCUGCUGCUACGUCAGCUGCUGCUGCUGUCCUGACACCUGCUGCUGUCCACGACACUUGUACGAGGCAGGGAAGAUGGCGAAGAGUGGACUGCCUGCUCAGGUUCCUGUGUAUCCCUACUACAUCCCUGGUGUUCCUACUGUUGUUCCUCUUGCCCCUUCUUCCCAUGUGGAGACAAAGAUCGCCUCCAUCCCCUCAGUGGAGAAUAACCUGGCUGGAGCCCGCAUUGGUUAUCGACUGAAAGCCAGUCCAGACCAGGACUCAAUGAAAGUUCUGUACUACAUUGAGAAGGACCUGGCUCAUUUUCCCUCGGCCAAGUCGGCUGCAUAUAAACCCAGUAGCCUCUCAGAGCUGAGCUCUCUUCAUGAUGGAGGGACUACAGACUUCAGACACACCUAUCAGACGGUGCAGAUGAAGGCGCUCCCACCCAUCCCAGACCUCGACGACCAUUCAGUGAUGAGAGCAGCUCCACCUGCACAGAGUCGAAGGCCCAGACGGGACAGAGGCAACCACUCAGACGAUGAGCUCGACAGAAGGCGGAACCCCCACUCAGAGCACCUGCAGAGGAAGACGUUGGGCAGAAGAGGGCGCACCGGCUCCCUGGACGAGCUGGAGGAUUUCGCCCAGUCUUACGACUCCCAUGGUCGUCGCGCUGAGCCUCCAGACCGGGUCUACCAGCGGGAUUACAGCCCUCCCAGGCGUUUCUACAGAGAUGAAGAUGAUGGCUGGGUCCGCCGCAGCCCCUCCCCUUUACCACAGAAGAGGAGGGACACAUGGGACAGUGAUCGUCCCGGUCGACCGCCCCAAGGCAAAGGAUACGAUGACGCCUUCCUCAGCAGUGUGCUGGACAGCAAGACCAGGGGGCGUGGAAGGGACAGAGGUGCUUGUAGACCGGACGAGGACAGUGACACUCCCUCUAAAGGCAGCUCCAGGGGAAAGGAUAGUUACUACAGCCGGUCGCCCAGCAACCGUCCAGAGGAGGAGGACCCUUUGCCUCCGUACUCUGAGCGGGAGGCAGAGCGGUACCGCAGGGCUGACCCGACCACGGACCGGUACCGCACUGCAGAGCCUCCCAGAUCAGAGCUAUACAGGACCACUGACCCCACCAUGAGGCCUUUCUGUUACACCCGCCCCCACCAGGGAAUGUCCCAUACACUCCAGCAGGGGGGCCGAGAGGAGCAAGACAGGAGCAGAAACCUGAGCACUGCGCUGAGCAGGGACUCUCUCAUAGUGUGACAAGUUUUCCCAGCCUCCACCUGCACAGCACGGCCACUCCGUUCGUUUAAACCGUCCUGUUGCUAGACAGGAGAAGCUAACGGUUCUGCCAUCAGCCACGUCAAGUCUGGCUCCGCUCACUGAAAAUAACUGCACCAAAAAAAACAGCAGUGGUGGAUCGAAAAUGCUUGGAAAUGAAUGUGCACUCAUACAGGACGUUUCUACUAAUGUGCAUGAAUUAAAUCUGGGUAUUUCUUCACAUGUAGUGUACAGAUGUUAUGUAUGUGUUUAUUUGUUGAGUUGAGUGACACCAGUGCCAAGAUGUUUUUUUUAUUUUCAUUAUCUGCCAAUUGUUGGUAUCUGCAGGAUGCCACAGUCUUAUAUUUUCCUACAGACUUCACACUUCUCACUCAGUACAUUGCAACUCAGGUUCACUUUGUAUUUGUGUGUUUGUCUGUUGUUGAUAUUGUACUGUAUGUAAGUACUGUACCUUG